ACUGAGAAGAAGGAGCUUCCUAGCUCAUCUACAUAAAGGCCAACCAGCCAGAGGAGAGUACCUGUCUACUCUGUGUCUGAGGCUAGAAGCUGCCACAAGGACUGACUCACCCCAAGCUCCUGCCUCCACACAGUCUCACGGUCUAAAAGUGAGUGCUUUUCCGGAGAGCUGUCCACGUCCAAGAUCCCAGGAGAUAUGUAUGAAGAUUCGGACUGUGUCUGUUCCUAUGGCAUGAAGCUAACCUGGGAUAUCAAUGACCCCAAACUCCCGCAGGACCUGAAGCAGUUUGACAGCUUUCAGGAAUGGACAGAUGGGUACGUUCGGUUUAUUUAUGGCGGAGAAGAUAAGAAUGCCCAACGCCAUCUCAGCGGCUGGGCUAUGAGGAAUACCAACAACCACAACUGCCAGAUCUUGAAGAAGUCCUGCCUGGGAGUGGUGGUUUGUAGCCGCAAUUGUACCUUGCCAGACGGCAGCAAACUGCAACUCAGACCAGCGAUCUGUGACAAGGCACGCCAGAAGCAGCAAAAAAAAUUGUGCAGUAACUGUAACUCUGCUCUAGAGCUGAUUCCUUGUCGAGGUCACAGUGGGUAUCCUGUCACUAACUUCUGGAGGCUUGAUGGAAAAGCCAUGUUUUUCCAGGCCAAGGGUGUUCAUGAUCAUCCACGACCAGAGAGUAAAUCUGAGACAGAAGCCAGAAGAAGUGCAGUGAAAAGACAGAUGUCUUCAUCUCACCUGUCCCAGAAGAAGAAACUUAUAGAGUCUGAGGUGGGGAGAUACAAUGACAGUGGUGGCCAUUUCCCCAACAUUCACACAAUACCUUGCAUAGAAGGAUCAGAGCGUUUCAGUCUUGCAACAGAUGGAAGCUUCCCUUUUCCAACUCAACACUACGCUUCCUACCAGAACCCAGACCCUUACAAACCUUCCAACGAUCUUGUAGGAUAUCAGGGGGAUUCCGUGUCAUCAUACCCAAAAUGUUCUAAUGCAAGAAUUUAUAUGCCCAGGACACCCUGUGGCUAUGAGUUUCCUGUACCUGGCUACAUUAAUUCCAACUCAUACCCUCCCCUAUAUAAGGAGACAGUGAACAGUUUUCCAGAAGCUGAUCGAGUUCAAUUAAAUGUGCCCCAACCAAACCUAGGUGUCUUGAAUGCACAUGAAAGGGGUUAUGAUUCCUCUGGUAAACAUCAUGGAUGGAAGCAGAUCCUUGGGAAAGCUGGCUAUGGAGACAGAAGUGACUACGGGCAGAUCCAGGCAAGCACUGGCCAUGCUUAUUACAACGCAGAAUAUCCUUGCCGAUAUCGUAAAAGUCCAUCUCCUGUUGCUCCAGCCUUGCAGACUGUUAUAACUACCACCACCAAGGUAUCAUACCAAGCUUACAAACCUCCUGUAGUGAAAUACAGUGACAAUGUAUGUGAUGUCAAAACUCUACAAAAUUACACCCACAUUCCGGACAGUAUAUCUGAAGGAAUGUUUCCAGAAAUAAAAGCUCAAGAUGAUUUCAGCGUAAUCAAGGCAACACUGGGUUACCAGGAACAGAUUCCCAACAAAAGUGAGAGAGUGGAUAACCUGGACUUUUAUCGAUAUGGUCCAUGUAUGGGAAAUAGCUUUUCAGGACAGAGCUACCGCUAUGAAAAUACUGAUUAUUAAAAAAUGAACUCUAUCGCUCACUAUUUUAUUGUUCCGCCAUUUGUAAUUUAAAUGUCAAAUAAAUAAUUGACAGCAUUGAAAACCAUGUAUGACUUGUAAUUAUACCACUAAAUGCAUUAAGGGCCAUGUUAUUCUACGUGUAGCCAGAUGACUACAGUUAUGUUACUUGAAUUGUGCCCAGUAGACUUUGAACAAGAACACUCGUCAACAUAGAAAUGUAUCCAGACAAACAUUGGGACGAAGCAGACCCAUCUCUGUAUGAGUUUUAGUAUAUUAGGUUGUAACUAAUGUUUCUUGUUAGAACUACAUUUGUGGAUAAACUAUAUUGAAGAAAUGUUGUUAUCCUGAAUAUUAUUUAGUACUACUUGCAAUGGUAUUAGAACAUGACAAA